CUCAGACAGAAGCAAAGACACAGACGACUCAGCUGGACCUGCAAGCAAGCCUGAGAGACAACAGACAUCAUGCUGAACCUGAAGAGCCCCAUCAUUCUGACUACCUGCCUCCUGCUUCUAUCUGCUUUCGCUCUGCAGACAUAUGCCAACACAUUUAAUCCAGAAGAAUGCUGCUUCAAAUUCCUUUCAAACUCAAUACCAGCAAGAAGGGUGAAGCUCAUCAGACCCACGGAUCCGCUGUGUCCCAUGGAGGGUGUGAUUAUUAGAGUGAAGAAAGGGAACGAAUACUGUGCUGACCCGUCGCAGGAGUGGGUGAAACAGCUCAUCGAAGUCAAGGGGUUGAAAAGCACCAAAAGAGAGAACAACACCACCGUCACAGCAUCCCAGUAAUCUCUACCCUAACUUCUCACUGCCCAAUGAGCCAAGCUGAAUUGGAAGUGGAAACAUUUACCUUAAGCUCUGUCUACCGUACACUGAAAAUUUCCUUUAAUAUAUACUUUUCAAUAAAUGCAAAAAU